UGGCAGCCUCCUAGUCAAGUUUAUCAACAAACGCAACCAAAGCAUCAGGCCGGGCUUAGUACACGAUUCGUUUGUUUCAUGAGAUUUCCAAAGUAUCUUUUGCACGAUGGCUUCGUCUUCUAAUUCCAAGGAAUCGAAAUCAUCAAGCCGCAAGAGAAAACAUCCAACAAUUAAUCCGUUUUUACCAAAUGAAGAAUCGGGAAAUCUGGCGAAGAAAACAAAAACCACAGCCUCUGCUCAGUCAAGUUCAACUUUGAAUAAUCCACCGGGUUCAUCAUCAGAAACACACGUAAAGCCAAAUCUGGACGAUGCAGAUCAUGACCAACAGUUUCUUAGUGGCAUCGUUGCGUAUAUUCUACCUGCUGGAUUGGGAAAAGCACGCACUGACAUCUUCAAAAAACAAAUGUCAAAAUUCGGCGCAGAAGUGUUGAAUGUUUGGGAUGAGACACAUUGCACUCAUUUGGUCGUUGAUGAAGGGAUGGAUGUUGAACGCUUGAAAAGAAUCAUGAAGAUUGAAAAGGCUCCGUCAAACACUUACGUACUGAGAGCAAGCUGGCUAAGCCUCUGUCUCUCGGAAAAUGAACUUGUGCCAAUUGAUAAUUACAAAUUAAGAUUUCCGGUUAUUAAGAAAGAAGACCCUUCCAAAAAGUCAGAUCUGUCUUCAACAUCAACUCCUAGCAUAAGCAGUAAAUCUGGCAUUGAUGGAUCGGAUGUUAAUAAGAGUGAAACUCUCGAGAAGAAACCAAAUAUUUCUGACAUCCCAUCUAGUUCCAAUGCCCCGCCCAUCCAAGGAACUAAAUGGACUAGUCCAGUGAAAAUUGCUACGUCUGACAGGGGUUAUGACAGCGAUGAUAGUAACUACGUGCCGAGUGAUGGUGAUGAUUAUCAGGAGUCUGUGAUGGUAACGACAGCAUCGGAUGAUGCUGGCUCAUCAUCCAAUGUAUCAACACCAGCUACAUCUCCUCAAAAGCUUCCAAGAGGUAACUGGGUGUGUUCCAAGCCAUCUACCUCACAGCAGAAAAACCUCAAUGAGCACAUCACUGAAAAGCUGGAGGUUUUGAUGAAGACCUACAACAACACAAAAGAUCACUGGAGGGCCCAGGGAUAUCGUAAGGCCAUCACCGCUCUGAAGCAGUACCCUAAGGAAGUCACUAGCUGGGAGGAAGCCAAUAAAAUCCCUGGCAUUGGCACCCGUCUUGCAGACAAGAUCAGCGAGAUCUUAGAAAGCGGACAUCUGAGGAAGAUUGACCAUGUCUGCGGAGGAGAGGACAUGAAGGCUUUGGACAUCUUCAAUAAUAUCUGGGGAGUUGGACCGACGGUGGCACAGGAAUGGGUCCAACUGGGAUACAGGACACUGGACGACGUCAGAGAGAAAGCCAAAUUAAACAGGCAACAGAAGAUUGGCUUGAAGCACUACGAGGAUUUCUUGCAACGGAUGCAGAGGGAGGAGGCAGGAGAAAUUGAGAGAACUGUCCGUGAGAUGGCUGAGAGCAUAGAUCCAGGCAUGUUGGCUGUCGUUUGUGGCUCGUAUCGUCGUGGUAAAACAACCUGUGGAGACGUUGAUGUGCUCAUUACUCACCCUGAUGGGAGGUCACACCGCGGAGCGCUGGGGAAGAUACUGGAUGGACUCCGAGCUAAAGGUUUUAUCACCGAUGACCUAGUGAGACAGGGAGAUGACGAAGAGGAGCAGAAGAAAUACAUGGGCGUCUGCAAACUCCCGGGAGAAAAUCACAAGUACCGACGUCUGGAUAUCAUUGUAGCUCCUUACAGUCAGUACUACUGCGCCCUCAUGCACUUCACUGGCUCCGGUCAUUUCAACCGAUCCAUCCGACUACUGGCCAAGAAAAAGGGGAUGUCGCUCUCUGAGCAUGCGCUGCGGACUGGCGUCAUCAGGCACGGUCAGGUCAAAGUUCACGAGGGCACGCCCCUUCCGGUCACGUGUGAGGAGGACAUAUUCAGACAUCUUGGUUUGGAGUACAGAGAGCCCGAGGAGAGAGACUACUGAAAUAAAAAAUGAGUUUUUAAACUCGCAGUUGCUAUUUUUUUCUAAAGUAAAUCGGUGUUCUUUUGCUUAUCUAGCUGCUGACUUUUGAAAUUUAAUUUUGGUGUCAGUUAAUUUUAUGUUUUACAAAAAUGAAUGAAACGUUUUUAAUGUCCUAUCUUGCAAAAUGAAUUAACUAAUGUCGAAUACUUUUUAGUGUAAAAAAAGAAUGAACUAUUGAAAGUAAUAUCAGCACAUUAUUAACAUUAGUUUAAUUACAUGCAAUGUUGGUAGCUCGUCCUAAUGUGCAGGGCCAAGAUUGAAAAAUUGUAAUUGAUGUUCAAAGUGAUACAAUCGAGUAAGUAUGAUGUAAAAAAAAAUCCGACGUGUUGUUUUUUUGUAGUUUAUGUCUUUUUUUUUGUAGUUUAUGUCGUGUCCUUCUUGUACCCCAAACCUGUUUUUAAAAGGUUGUCAUUUUGUGUCUCUUUAACGUUUGACUGAAGUACAGACUGAAAUGUGAAAAUUUAAUGUGAUAUUGAUUUUUUUUAAUCGGAACUUCUUAUUCUAUGGUUGUCUUAUUCCGGCCAACAUGGAAGAGUGGACUUGGACUUGUAAAAACCGUUCCCGUAACUUUUGAAGUGCGCCACCAUGUGGCAACUGUUGGUGAAUUAAUGCCAAACCAGCUGGCAGAACUAGAAACUAUUCAACUCAUAAAAAAAUUGUAUUAUAUUUUUGUUUGUAUAGUCUCCUACAAGGGAGCAGUCAGGCAGAAAUUCUGGUUGGAAUUGCACCACCGAUCGUCGGUUGUGUUUGGUUGGCAAAGGUCCCAGUUUUUAUGAAUGAGCCGAGGUUAUUGUGAUGAAAUAUCAGAGGUUAACUCGGUCUGGAAAGGAUGAAUCACCACAUUGACUAUAUUUGCAAAGGCUUCAGACAACUCGGGUUCAUAUCAGACACUAUCAUUGUGAAUUUAUAAAAUGAAUUUUAGGAAUUUCCUGUACCAAGAAAUAAUUGCCUUAGCACCAAUAAAAUAUUUAUUUUCCAAAACAGUAAGUGAUUAUUAGGGAAAUGCUAAUAUUUAUCAAGAGCCAUGUACAUGUAUUAUAGGAAUAUAUGAUGUUUAAAUUUAUCAAUUUUAUUAUUGCAUGUACCCUAAUUUUUUAUUAACUACUUUUUUUUAAUUGA